UCCACUCUCUCAGUCCUGGUGGUACAUUUUCGCAGAUCGGAUGUGUCACGUCUCUCGAUCUGAGUUAAAAAGUGUAAAAUAGAAACAAAAAUGGACUCUUCUGGUGUUGUUGCUCCUCCACCACCACCAUCAAUUGGUCGCAUUCGAGCAAAACAUUGUGAUGUGCGGGGAUGUAAUGCGGAUAGUUUACGCAAUCCCGAGCUGCUGUUUGUGGGCGUUCCGAGCCACAGCUAUCCCGAGCGUCGCUUUGUGUGGCUUACGUUGAUGCAGUCAGUGCGGGACAAAAAGCGUAGCUACUGCUGCUCGCGGCACUUCAAGAUACCCGAUGAUUAUAAAGAUUUUAACGAGUUCAUAUCGGCCCCACCGGGCUACAAGCGCCAGUUAAUGGUGAACAGAGGCGUCGUGCCUCACCUUAAUAUGCCCCCGCCGAUGUUAUCAGGGCUGCCACCGCUGACGGAUCGAUGGCAGCUGACACUGCCCGAUAGCAUGCGACAAAGUCACAGUCAAAGUAAACAGGACGAGGCAGCGCAACAACACAGCACAGGAGGCACUUCCCCACAGCGGAUGAUGGGCACAUCGUUAACACCGGCGGGCAUGCGUAUGGGUGCCGGACAAGCUGUCGGGCCCUCACGGGCGACUGCUGCUGCCUACCGGGGGUCAAAAUUUUGCAAAGCCGUUCAGACGGAACUGAACCCGAUGGUAGUGAGUGGUCCUCGCCGGAUGCAACCCAGCCUGCAGUACUGUAGGCUGUGCUUUAAGCGGCAGAAUCUGGAGCCGAUCUUCACCGGGGAUCAGACGUUGAUCGAGCCCGAUCUGAUCGAUAAGAUCUACGGGUGUACGGAAGUGAUGAUCACCGUCGAGACCGAUUUCCCGUCCUCGAUUUGUACCGAGUGUUAUGGCAGCGUACAGGACUUUAACAAAUUUCGUAAAUUGGUCCAGCAAAACAAUGAAUCACUCCGGGCGGUAGCCACUGUUUUCCAUCGUCCGGCACCCGUGACGAUACGAACCAAAACCACCGAGGGGAAUUCCAGCAUCCGACCUGUUCCCAAUUUGACCCCAAUGCGCUCUGUGAUGACAAACUCGCGAUCUACUGUUAGCAAUGUAACGCCACAUCGUCCACAGCUGUCUACUCCAGUGCAGAGACCCUUGAUCCAGCGAAACAUCAUUGAGGAUGACGAGUUGCUGGAAGUUGGGCGUGUCGAGGAUGUUCGGACGUAUCAACGCAGAAGCAUGAUGCUGGAAAAACAGAUGUCUCGAGUUAGACCCCUUCCACAACCCAGAUUUCCCACUCCGGCUCAAAGUAAACCAGUGGACGCUGAUCCAUUGGCUGCUGGUGGCUUUGGAACGUUAGAAGCACAUCCUGCUAACACUGAAAAUGCACUCCCAAGCGUUCAAGCAAAAGAUCGAGUUGUUCCGGUUACUCUGAUCCGGGUUAUGCCGGAGGCGGAUGAUGCGGGCGCUGACGUAGAACUAAACGUUUCGCAGCCAACCGAUAAUCAACCGAAAGAGGAGGAACCGGAUACUGAACCAGCACUCAAACAAAAUUUCCUGCAGCCGAAACCAAUCGAAGAGCUUACGGGAAAUUCGGGAAAGAAAUCCGACGAAUCGAAUGUAUUGCAAGCUGUCAAGUUAAUACCGGCUUCCGCGGUGAGGUCUUUCACGAAAGCCAGACCAAGUGGAACCUUUUUGAGACCGGCUUCGUCAAAGGGUCUCAACAUGCCCAAGAUAUUGAAUCUAAUCCGAACAGGUGAUAGAAAGAAGGAGCUCAAAUCCAAUAUGGUUGCACGUGCUGUUAAGUUUCCCGGUACACUAACCACGUUGUUCACAAAACCGAAGAAGUUGUACAAGCCGCAAAAAACGAUACAGACCGCAGUAGAAUCGUCAAUACCAUCGAAUCCUCCGAAAGUGUCCAAACCUGUCGAAAUUCCUAAGGUUCCAGAUGUUCCCACGGUUCUGAAAGAAGUUAAAAUUACGGAGAAACCUAUGGAGCAGCAACAGCCCAAGGUUCAGAUCAACAAAACUGAUCAAACAAAACAAAAAGAAAACGACGUUCCCGAAGCCCCUAAGGAAGCUUCCCUACCGAAGCCCGUUACAGAAAUAUCGCAACCUAAACUUCCGAUUAAGAAAUCGGAACGAUCGAAGCAAAAAGAGAUUAACGUUUCUGAAUGUCCUAAAGAACCUUCCCGACCGAAAUCAAUGGCAGAACGACCGAAACAAAAAGAGAUUAAAGUUCCCGAAAGUCUAAAAGAACCUCCCCAGUCCAAAACUAAUGCAGAACCCAAACUAUCGGCCAAGAAAUCGGAACAGCCGAAGCAAAAGGAGAAUGAUGACGAUAGUCGAAAAGAAUCUCCCCGGCCACAAUCAAGCUUACCGCAAUCCAAACUCCCGCUCAAGAAAUCUGAACGACCGAAGCAAAAAGAGAAUGACAUUCCCGAAAGUCCCAAAGAAGCUUCCGAUGUUGUCCUACCGGUGUCGCCACGAUCAGCCCGCACUCGCAAAAUUCCGCUCAAAUUCCAGAACACCGUCGGGUUUCCGAUGCCCAAAAUGAUAACCAUCAAACAAGAAAAGGUAGAUGUUAUUGCGGAAGUUCCAACGACAGGGAGUCCGCAGACAAGGUCUUCAACUGGAGGUCCACAAGUGGAAAAGGAAACGUCUAAAUCGAUACAAGACGAACCCCCCGUGAGAAGUCGUCCCGCUACGCGACGAUCGGAUCCAACGGUCAUAAGUAAAGCUCCGACAGCGAAACCUACGACGGACAGUAAACCGAAGCCAGCGAUCAAAUCUGAUCCCGUGGCGACAAAAGCUCCGGUAAAAAGUAAACCACAACCUCCCCCGAGGAGAACAGAAGCACCCCCACCUGAAGUUCGAUCGUUGAAACGAAAAUCACUCCCGGAGACGAAACUAGCAAGUGCUCCGCCUUCGAAGAAAUCACCCAAACUGGACACGAAACGGGACAGUUUGGGUCCGGCAUCGAAAGCUAAGCAAUCACAACAGCAGCAGCAGCAGCGAGCGAACGGAUCCCGAAGAAGUGCUCCAGCGACAAUUUCAACCGCCGCCAAAAAGACAACGGUGGAAGAUAAGAGCAAACCGGUCUCGAAGGAAGUAAGUUCCUCGCAGGACUGGAAAUGUCCCUUCUGCUCCGAUAAAGUGUUCGAUCAAAAGAAGGGUCUGGUUCGGCAUCUGCGGAAACGGCAUGGCAUGGAUUAUGCCCUGGUGCGGCAGCGGUUGGCCAUCUACGGCGGAAAUUGGCGAUAGGGAGGAUCUCGUAUUUUUUUUACUUGUUGAGUUAAUUUCAAUAAACGGUGUAUAUAUUCUUGCUUCUA